UAACAUUGAAGUAAUUAAACAUGUCUGGACGUGGAAAGACCGGUGGCAAGGCUAGAGCCAAGGCCAAGACUCGCUCUUCCAGAGCCGGGCUGCAGUUCCCCGUGGGUCGUGUCCACAGGCUGCUGAGGAAAGGCAACUACGCUGAGCGCGUCGGUGCCGGAGCCCCGGUGUACCUGGCCGCCGUGCUGGAGUACCUGACGGCUGAGAUCCUGGAGCUGGCUGGCAACGCUGCCCGCGACAACAAGAAGACCAGGAUCAUCCCCCGUCACCUGCAGCUGGCUGUGCGCAACGACGAGGAGCUCAACAAGCUGCUGGGAGGAGUCACCAUCGCUCAGGGAGGCGUUCUGCCCAACAUCCAGGCUGUGCUGCUGCCCAAGAAGACCGAGAAGCCCGCCAAGGCCAAGUAAACCUGCCUGGAAUCCACUAACCCAAAGGCUCUUUUAAGAGCCACCCACAUCAACCUCUAAGAGUAC